AAUUAAGUGGAAUGACAAAGCUGUUAGGCUUUUGCUAAAUUUCGGAUUUGUGAUUAUUUGAUCUAUAAAUUGCUACUUAAUUCCAAAAGUGAUGUUCCGAAAUCAAUACGACAACGAUGUUACUGUGUGGAGUCCGCAGGGACGUCUUCAUCAGGUGGAGUAUGCUAUGGAAGCGGUAAAACAAGGUUCCGCAACGGUAGGAUUAAAAAACAGUACACACUCUGUUUUGGUUGCCUUGAAGAGAGCUUCUUCCGAAUUAUCCGCCCAUCAGAAGAAAAUAAUACCCAUUGAUAAUCACUGUGGUAUAGCUAUAGCUGGGUUAACUGCCGACGCAAGAUUACUGAGUAAAUAUAUGCGUACAGAAUGCCUAACUAACCGCUUUUCUCGUAAUGCUCCUCUGCCCAUCAACAGAUUAGUUUCUCGCCUUGGUAAUAAGAUGCAAGUAUGCACGCAACGCUACGAUCGCAGACCAUAUGGAGUAGGACUAUUAGUUGCUGGUUUUGAUGAUUUAGGUCCUCAUAUAUAUCAAACUUGCCCAUCGGCAAAUUAUUUUGAUUGUAAAGCAAUGGCUAUUGGUGCAAGAUCCCAGUCAGCUAAAACCUACUUGGAGAAAUAUCUCAAUACAUUUCAAGAUUGUGAUCUAGAAGAGUUAGUGAAACAUGGCUUAAGAGCUCUACGUGAAUGCUUACCCAAUGAAGUGGAAUUAAAUUCAAAAAAUGCAUCGAUUGCCAUUGUGGGAAAAGGGAUGGAUUUCACAGUUUUUGAAGAUGAAAAAGUUGCUCCUUAUCUAGCUGCUAUUGAAGGAGAUGAGAGGCCACGCCGUGGAGGUGGUGCAGCUGGAUCAGGCGAUUCUCCACCAACAGACAAGCCAGAUGACGAUUCCAAGAAACAACCAGAACCUCAAGUUGCUGUCGAAACUAUGAGUGUGGACUAAAAUUACCAUACUGUUUCAAUUAGCACAUCUUACAUUGUAUCAGUGGUGGUUUAAAUAAUUGCUGAUUUAAUAAAAAUGUAAUUUUUUAUAAAA